UUUAAACCACUAUUUCGCAAUUUAUAAUUCAGACGAAAUUACAGUUUUUACAGUUAUUAGAAACAAUUGCGGUUUUUAAGUUUAUUUGAUUAUUUACAAUCAGCAUAUCGUACCAAUUCAAUUUUCGUUUGUUAAGAGGUUAUUGGAGGUUAUUAUGUACGCUCUUCUCUUUGUCAACAAUGUAUUUACGGGAAAACUAGCCAGGGCCGGCCGUCUCUAUAAAAGGGCCCGGGUGCAAGAAACCAUUUGGGCUCCUAAAUUUCAUGUAAAGUAAAAAAAGAAAAUACAAACACGGCCUACUUUCCGCCAGCAUACUCGCGCUCUGAUUGGUCGGGGUUUUCCGUUAAUAUCUCCUCAACUAAACCUCAGACAUUUUCACUAAGGAAAAAAGUGUUUCGAAUCACUCUCCGAACCACCCUUUUCAAGGACUUCCAACAAUUAUGGGACACCCUGUAUAGUGAAAGGGAAAUUCGGGAAACGCUCUAGGGAGUCGCAUUGCCGAAAUCCGUUUGACCACGUUUGACAUCUUCUUCUCGAAUAACUCGUGGACAAGCAAACAGCUGAUUCGUUCUUAGGUAGAGCACAUGUGCGGCAGUUUGAUGUGAUAUUACGGCUAUUUCUCGCGAAGUAAUGAAGUUUUAACGAAGAAGCACAUACACGUGUCUUGAAAAAAAUAUAUAUCGCACGAUUUUAUUCGAGGGUGCGAUGAAAAAGAAAGAAUAGUAAGGUUUUUUUUAAAGAAAUUCCUGUCUAAGAAAAAUGGCUGACCGUGAUAGCGCAUCUGAAAGUGACUCGAGCUCGAUCGACGGAGGACCGAUAAUGAUGCCGCCGUCUCCUGUAACCAGAGAACAACUUCAGAAAAGAAUCGAGUCGUUGCAACAGCACAAUCGCGUUCUUAAAGUCGAGCUGGAAACGUACAAAUUGAGGGUGAAGGCGUUGCAAGAAGAGAACCGUGGUCUUCGUCAGGCCUCUGUCAUUAUACAAGCUAAAGCCGAGCAAGAAGAAGAAUUUAUAAGUAAUACGUUAUUGAAGAAAAUUCAAGCGCUCAAGAAAGAGAAAGAAACGCUAGCGCAUCAUUACGAACAAGAGGAGGAGUGUUUAACGAACGACCUGUCGAGAAAAUUGAACCAAUUGCGUCAAGAAAAAUGUCGCCUGGAACAAACUUUAGAACAGGAACAGGAAUGUCUUGUUAAUAAAUUAAUGAGAAAGAUAGAAAAACUCGAGGCCGAAACUCUCGCGAAACAAAGUAAUUUAGAGCAACUACGUAGAGAAAAGGUCGAACUUGAAAAUACGCUCGAGCAAGAACAAGAAGCAUUAGUAAAUAAAUUAUGGAAACGAAUGGAUAAAUUGGAGGCAGAGAAAAGAAUGCUUCAAAUAAAAUUAGACCAACCCGUGUCCGAUCCCACCUCGCCGAGAGAAAUUAAUAACGGUGAUACUGCUACUAGUUUAAGUACACAUAUUCAAACUUUAAGAAGCGAAGUAGCCACGCUAAGACAUACAUUGCUCAUCUCUCAACAAGAACACACGGAGAAGACACAGCGAUACGUGAACGAGGAGAAACAAAUUCGUGAAGAAAAUUUGAGACUUCAGAGAAAGUUACAGUUAGAAGUAGAACGUCGCGAGGCUUUAUGCAGACAUCUUUCAGAAUCGGAAUCUAGUUUGGAAAUGGAAGAAGAACGGCACUAUAAUGAAAUUGUGAUGUCUGGUGGAAAUAUAAGAAAUCGUACUGUUUCCAGCCCUGUGCCGUACAAUCCUUCGCCUAGUUCCUCUAGACCGCUAAGUCCAGGAUCGUCAACAAGAGAGGGAUUUAACACGAAUCGAUGUUACGCUUGUGGUCAGCCUACUCCAAUUCCGUUUGCAAGUUCAUCACCUCCUUCUGCGGGCCAUGUGAUAACACCAUCCAAUAGACGCACAUCGGACAGAUUUGUCAAACCUGCGAUUCCGCCAACUAUUGUAAGUUCAGGGGGUCCACCGAUCGCUAACACGGCUACAAAUGCAACUAGCGGAUCACCAAUGGAUAUUGCUAAAACAUAAGUCAGUUGAAUUUCUCUAAUUACAAAUAUUUCGUCAUGUAUUCAUAUAAAGUACUUCUUUGGUUGAUGCAUUUGUACUAUGUGAUUGUAUAACAUAACGAGAAUUAUUUUAAAGAAAAAUACCUAACUUUCUAAUAUUUUAAUUGCUUCACAUUCAUAGUACAGUGCGUAUACAUUAAUUAAAAAAGUAUCCGUAAAAAUAAAUAUACUAUAAAUUGAUCUUUACUUUGUAUCGAGUCGCUUAGACAUUUCUGAUAGUAACACGAUGCAAAACAGUAUUUAUAAUAAAAACUAAAUAAUCGUUUAUAAAAUUCUAAGCAGCUUCAAAAUAGCCUAACAAUAAAAAAAAUUGACGGGAGAAGGAGAUUUCAAUAAACCUGCUCUUCUAAUUUCUUUUGCAUUUUAUUCUUACAUAUUAUAAACUAGUACGGUUUUUUCUGGUAUUUAACGUAGUGUGAGAAAGAAAGUAUAUUUUUUAAUUUAAAUAUCUAGGUGGUAAGAAAAAAUAUUUCAAUAAUAAUUAUUCUAUGAUAGUAAUUUAUUUAAAUUCUUUUCAUUUUAAUAUCAAUGUUUGUAACGAAAUUAGAAGAGCGAGAAAAUAUUAAACACGUAACCAAUUAACUUUAAAAAAAAAAAGUAUGCUAUUAAAAGUAAAAUGAAACUAUCAACAAAAAGAACAGAAACUGUAGAAUAUCGAUAUUAUCAAUGUUUUGCAAAAUAUUUAUUGUUUCAAUAUUUUGUAUGCUAUUGGUUUCAUUUUGUAUACAAUCACAUAACUUGACUUAUUUUAUUUUAUGUAUAAGCAUUUGUAUGUUAUGUACGAGUUCAACAUAACUAACAUUGAAGUUAACGUAAACAUGACAUUGUUGCAUUUAUAUGCUGAUAUACUGAACAUUUAGAAAGAUAAUUACAUUACUAAUAUUUGUAACAAAAAUUUUCUUAUUUUCAAAUAUUUCAAACGUAACAUCACUGUAUUAACAGUGAUUACAGGUGUCAACUAUAUGACUUCUGUUCAUAAAUAAUAUCUAUUUAAUUUGGAAUAUUAAACGUGUCACUAUAUUAUGUGUACAAUGAUUGUUUAAUUUUAAAAGGAAGUCUAUAUUAUCGAUUUUUGACAUUGUUUCAUCUAAAAAUUAAACAAACACAUUUCGCUUUUCAGUCACAGCAUUACCUGCUAUUUUGUAACAUGUCAUGUAUAAAAUAUGUUUGGUUGAUAUUUAUAUGAAUGUGAUAAAGUAAAUCAUAACAAUUUUAUGUUAUACCUUAUAAUAAUUUCAACAUUAUUAUUCGUUAUUGGUGCUCAAAUUUAUUCGAAUCUUCAGAUUUUUCAAUAUAUUAUUAAAAGUGUGUUAUAUGGAUACUAUUUUUGUCCUUUGUCCAGUAUUGGAAAGAGGUUGAUAGUUCAGUUUUUCGGUUUCAAACGAAAUUAAUUUAAUUUUCGUGUCAUAGAAUUUCCUAUAAUACAAUUAAUACAUGUAAUAUUUGGGUAUCAUAUGUGUCGCAAUAUCAAAUUAUAAUGCCGUUAACAAAAAGGCAAACAAUGUAACAGAAAAGCUAAAUUAAACAAUAAAAUGAAUAUUUAUCUAAUGUAAUUAAAUUAACAGACAAAAUUAUCAAUUCCUUUUAAGCUUUCUAAAAUAGAUGUUCCAUGAAUACUCUACGCGUGGAUAAAACGUUGUUUGCUACGUUAUAUAGGAAAAAUAUAGAUGUAUCAAUUGUCAUAUAUAAAAAGGUUUUGUUAAAACAUAAAAUUAUUAUUACUUAUCGAUAAUUAUAUGCAGAUAUAUAUUUCACUAUUAUGUAUUAUGUAUUUUACUCAAGCUUUUACGAAAUACAGUCACUUUUUUGCUAUUA